UAUUUAUAAAUUCAUUACAGUUCAGUUCUGCUAUUGGAGGAACGAAGCUGUUGAAUUCUUUCAAAACCGUUAGCGAUAGAAAAGUAGUAAAAAAAAGUAUUUUAUUAUUAUUUAAGUUAGAAAAUGGCUUCACAGAAUGUCGAUCCACUUUUCACACCAACUUCGAGUAAACUGGCGGAGGAAAAGAAGUCUUCUGAGUCAGGAAAACAUUCGGUUACGAAAAGGAUUCAGAAGCAAUCUCUAAUGUUCCAGAUGUGCACUGAUAAAGGAAUAUCUGCUUUUCCUGAUGGAGAAAAUUUAUUUCGAUGGAUAGGAACAAUUCAAGGUCCUAAAGGAACAGUUUAUGAAGGUUUUACUUACAAACUGAGUCUUGAGUUUCCCAAUAAUUAUCCAUAUAAUGCUCCAACUGUAACUUUUACUACUCCGUGUUUUCAUCCAAAUGUGGAUACUCAAGGAAAUAUAUGUUUAGAUAUUCUUAAAGAGAAAUGGACAGCACUGUAUGAUGUACGAAAUAUAUUGCUCUCAAUACAGUCAUUACUUGGAGAACCGAAUGUUGAUAGUCCACUCAAUCCACAAGCAGCAGAAUUAUGGACUAACCAAGAGCUUUAUAAGAAAGUUCUACAUGAGAAAAAUGAUGCCAGGAGGAAAUCUAAAUGUUAAUUAAAUUAACUAUUUGGAACUUCAUCAUUACAAAAAAGUGCUCAGAGAUUAUUUUCUUCAUCUGAUAUUUUAUCUGUUUGAACUUUUAUAGAACUUUUUAUAUUUAAAAAAAUUGCAGAGAGAUCUUCAAUUUGAAAUUCCUUCAGUAAUAUUUAACUUGUAAAGUCAGAAUUUGUAUAAAAUUAAUUUAAAAUCAAACUGUGCCAUGUAACAUGAACGUAAUUAUUUAAAAUUUUGAUCUAUAUUUCUUAUAAACAACUAGAAUAGAAAAUAUAUAAAAAUUCUAUUUUCAUUUUA